AUGAAUAUUUCAACGGCAUUUUUAAAACAGCUAUGGUUGACCAUUGGAGCCUCUUUGGCGUUUUUGAUCAUUGGCUUGGUUCGAGGAUACACAGCAUCUGGUCUUCCGUCAAUUGAACAGUACAAUCCUAGCCUGAUAGGGAGCAGCGAACAAAAAUCAUGGAUAGGUUCAAUUGCUCCUUUAGGAGCGUUUCUUGGGAGCAUGUGCUCUGGGCCCUUGAUGCAAAGAGCCGGCAGGAAGAGAACGCUACAACUCACCGCGCCUCUUUGGACGGCUGGGUGGCUCAUACUUGGUUUUGCUCCAAUCUUCCCCAUAGUUCUUCUGGGUAGACUCAUCGCUGGUCUCUGCGUGGGAUUUGUGCUUGCUCCAGUUCAAGUUUACGUGAGUGAAUGCUGUGAUCCAGAGAUCCGUGGGCGUCUGGGUUCCCUCCCGACGCUGUCCAUGUCAUUUGGAAUACUCAUCUCCUACAUAGCUGGAAGCUGGCUUUAUUGGAGAUAUCUGGCGUUCCUGUCGGCUACAUUCUGUGCGGCUCUGUUUGUAAUUCUACUUCCAUUGCCGGAAUCUCCAGUGUGGCUAGACACACAGGGGCUGAAUAAUACAGCUUCUAUGAAGUGGUUGCAUCUCUCUAAACAUGCUGUUGCCGCUGUUAAAGAUGACAUUCCAGAGCCAGUGAAGAGUGUAACCGGUAGUUUUGUAAAGCCAGCGGAGGCUGAGCCAAAGAGCCUAUUCACACGAGAAGUGUUUUUUUCGUCUUCUGUAAUAAAACCGCUGAUAAUCGGAUUCGCGUUGCUGUUUUUCCAGCAGUUCAGCGGAAUUGACGCCGUCAUAUUUUUCACGGUCGAGAUCUUUCAAAAAGCAGGUAGUAAAUUGGACGCAAUGACUGCUACCAUAAUAGUGGGCGUGGUUCAAUUAUUCAGCAAUGCCAUCAGCACCGUUCUGGUAGAUCGCGCAGGGAGACGACCCCUUCUUCUUCUAUCAGCCGCGACGAUGUGCAUGUCCAUGAUUGCAAUGGGAACCUCAUUCUUCUUUAACUUUGAAAAAGAAUCGUGGUUGGGGUACCUUCCCAUUGCGAGUCUCGUGAUUUACAUGUUGGGCUUCUCCCUCGGAUUCGGUGGUCUUCCCUUCCUCUUGCUGGGGGAACUCUUCCCGAAGCACUACAGGUCGCAAUUGUCCGGAAUGGCGAGUGCAGUCAAUCUGUUCUCCAUGUUUUCCGUGAUCAAGUCUUAUCAUGCGUUGGAUCACGUGCUGACAUCUGCCGGGACAUUCUGGUUGUACGCUGCGUUUUGCGGCGCUGCAUUUUUCUUUGUCGCGUUCUUCGUACCCGAAACCAAGGGCAAAUCCUUGGCUGAAAUUGAACAGCACUUCAGAGGGCACGCAACUGAAAAAAACAAACUCGUCAGCUUUGUAAUAUUUACUAAUAGGAGAAUUCAAUAUAUUCAAAUAACCAUCGGUUGGCAAUAUUUCGUGACAAAUAACAUCGGUGUCAUCCCCGAGUACAGCGCGGCGCAUGCGCAACUGAAGUGGACAUUUUGCCUUACGGCUCUUGUCUGGACGACCAGUAAAUGUGAACCACCAGUGAAUAGCUAUCUACCUCCAGGGUCUGGAUCUGGUUCGGGGCCAUCUUCCCAAUACGGUACUCCUGGGGUAGGUGGUCAAAGAGGAUUAUCUUCCCAGAGAUUUCAAAACCAAGGACCAGGCUCGAGACAAUCUCUAUCUCCCGAGUAUGGUGUACCAGGGCAAGCUGCUGGAUUUCCAAGGGGUUCUCAACGUGGUUUCGGUCAAGACAAUCUUCCUAAUUCUGAAUACGGAGCUCCAAAUGGUCUCAGCAGACAAACUGCUCUGGGAGGCGUGAACCAACCUCAGACUUCCUACGGCACACCUUUUCAAAGUGGCAACAAUCCCUUCGGUGCACGUAACAGUCAAAGGCCUGACACUUCUUAUGGUACACCAUCAAAUGGCUUCCAGUCUCCCGAAGAUUUUGGCUCUGAUGGAUUCACCAGCCGUGGCUCAUCCCGGGUUGGAGGCAGAGGUCGUCAACCUCAGAGAGGCUCACCUUCUUCUUCAUACGGAACCCCUGAUUUCGGUAAUGAUCUAGAUGGUAGAAAUGAGAAUUAUCGUGCAUCAGGGGUAGAUGGUUCUUCAGAGCCUGCCAAGUAUCAAUUUAGCUAUCAGGUAGAUGAUGCCGAAACCGGUACACAGUUCGGUCAUUCUGAACAAAGAGACGGAGAUGUAGCAAUAGGGGAAUAUAAUGUAUUGCUGCCAGAUGGUAGGAAACAAAUCGUUGAGUAUGAGGCUGAUCAAGAAGGAUACAAGCCUCAAAUACGAUACGAGGGCGAUGCAUCUGGUUCCGGAUCUGGUUUCGGGCUUGGUGGUGGUCGCGGAGGCAACUUAAGAGGUGGUAAUCAAGGCUAUCCAAGGGGUGGCGCGAAUGCUGAGGCGUUUGCUGGAGCUGACGCUGGAUACCCACGAGGCCCUAACUCCCAAGGUGGACUCGGUGGAUUCGGGCAGAACGGACCAAGCGGCCAAAAUGGAAAUUACCCCGAUUCUGGAUACCCCGGUAGGAGAGGCCAAGGCCAGAGAGGUUCAGGCUUUGAAUCUGGCAACGACGCCGAUGGAUACCCUAGCGGAGGACCAAACGGCCCGAGAGGAUCUGGAUAUUAA